AUUGACUACGGUGACGUCAGCGAAAGGAAACAGUUACGAGAACGGCUCCAGUGUCACAGCUUCAAGUGGUACCUGGACACCAUCUACCCCGAGCUUUUCAAUCCCACGGGCGCUAUACAUGGCGGAGAGGUUCGCAGUGCAGCAGCCCCAAUGUGUCUGGACGGGCGGUCAGACACCCUGCACAAGACUGUCAUACUGGAGGCGUACCAGUGCCACGGACUACUGGGGAACCAGGUAGCUGAAGGGUCGUGGGGGGGGGGGGGGGUGCUCUUUCCAGUUGCG